AAUACAUAGCACAACUUGUUGCGCUCAAGCACAGAUGGCACAAGCGUCUGGCGGAACUGAGAGAAAGACUCACUAGCAGAGCCUGGAAGAGGAUGGGACAACAACCAGAUUCUUUCCGAAGAGACGGAAGAUCAAGUUAGAGGGGAAAGAGAAGACUUAUUUUGAGAGACGUCCAGGGUCCUUAAUGGGUAACUGCUGAGAAUUUCCAUUGGAGAAGAAAAGAACAUCAAGAGCAGUCUUGUUUCUGGACUCCAACCCGGUACUUCUAGACAGCCAUGGACCAAGGCGCAAAGGGUGCAGAGGAGAAAAUGGUCAGCAAGGCCCUGGAUGAAUUCAAUACUACCUUGCAAGCGGCCGUAAGGGAAGUCCACAUGGACGUGAGCGCGUUUAAACAGCGCAUGGAACGGCGCAUUGAGGAGAUGAGCGCCUCCAGCGGGCCCAUGGCCGAGGCGGUGGGCAGGCUUCAGGAGGAAAACCUGCAGCUCCGCUCCAAGCUAGAGGCCCUCAGCCGCCUGGUAGAGUCUCUCGCUGGGGUGCAAAUUGACAGAAACUCCCCCACCAAUGCAAAGAAGAAAGAACAAGGUUUGGGAAAUGGGCUUGUGGAGGAGGAGAUGCGCUAUGGGAACCAGGGAGGCCAGAGGGGCCAGGUGGCUCUGGCUACAUCUGGAACCCUACCACCAUGGAGAGCAAAGGAACUUAAUGGAAUGGGGGCCUCGGCAGAGAAGCACGUUGGCUCUGCUGAACUACAGAACAGGAAGCAAGAAUGUGUAGCCCAGUCCCACGUGUCUGUCACUUCCAGAACCAGUGCCAUGUCAGUCCAGGAAAACUUUGACAGCCCUACCGAACCUCAUCUUCCCAUCAGCGCAGUGACUCGAGUCAGCUCUGAAGCUCCGGUCGUUCUUAAAACCACGACAGAAACCACAAUCACAAAAAGUAGAAGUAGUGGCUCAAAGGAGCUUGCAUCCCAUCUUCCUCUCACAGCUGUGAGCAGAAGCAACCCCGACACAUCUCCUGCACCCAAAAGUGUUCAGACUCCCUCUUUGUCCCAAAAAGCAGGAGAGUAUCCAUUUCGACGCGAUGUGAGCGAGGUCAAGUCCCAAUCGAGUCUCUCCACCUCGGUUCAAAGCGGCGUAGAGUCGCCACCCAUUACUUCAGCCAUUGCAUCCCAGGAACCUGUGAAACCUGGGGACUACCCCUUCAAGAGAGCUCCAGUUCUCAAGACGCCAAGUCCGAUUCUGAAGAGAAGUGUCAGCUUUCCUCAACCGGCAGAAAAGUUACUUCCCUCCAAAUCAAUUAUAAAACCAGGUUUCGCACCAAGUUUCGAAAAGAAAGCCAAUUCCCCUCCAGUGGAGGCGAAGCAAGAUGUGAGCAAAUCGAACACGCUUCCCCGUGUUGGCGGAGCUCAAGCCAAACGCGCCCUCUUCGAGAGGAUGAACUCCGAGCCCAUCAAGCCCAAGGAUUCCAAGCCCAAGCUGAAGCGUUCCCAGAGCUUUGGUGUCUCCAGCGCCAGCGGUAUCAAGCAGAUCCUGUUGGAGUGGUGCCGCUCAAAAACCAUCGGCUACAAGAACAUCGACAUCCAGAACUUCUCCUCGAGCUGGAGCGACGGCAUGGCCUUCUGCGCCCUGGUCCAUUCCUUUUUCCCGCUGGAGUUCGAAUACAACACGCUGAACCCUGCCAACCGCAAGCAAAACCUGCAGCUGGCUUUCACCACGGCAGAAACCCAGGCCGACUGUCUCCGUCUGAUCGAGGUGGACGACAUGCUGGAGAUGGGCGACAAACCGGACCCCAUGUGCGUGUUCACCUACGUCCAAUCCCUUUACAACCACCUGAAGACCUUUGAGUAACUACUGUAACUCUGUAUCAGAGAAAACUGCAAAGACACACAUAUAAUCAUACCGAAGAAUACGGAAAUGCGCAAGUGUUCAUGUUUGGUAGGUCUCGUAUGCUGUUGCGGUGUUUACAAAAGGGACUUUUGAAGCUAAGGCCCACUAUUUAACAAUACAAUUGUCACAACUGCUGAUGCAGAUGUGCAAAUCCAACGUGGACAUGCUCUAGAAUAGCAUGAGAUGCAUUUUGCAGUGUGUCAAAAUAAAGCUAUUUUCAGUUUUCUUUA